AUGUUGCAGCAUAUUGAUACGACCUAUGAGCUUAUUAGCGCUCUUGUAGCUGGCACAAAUGAAUACCUGCAGCCGAACCCUGCAACUCGUGCAAAGAUGGCAACAAUGGGCGCUAUCUCCAAGGUCCGCGGUACAGUGAAGACAUCACCUUAUCCACAAACUGAGGGAAUGUUGGCCGACACCAUGUACAAAUAUGGAACUGCGUUAGGUGACUCAAGUGAUCUUGGGAAGGCAUUACUCGAAGCAGCCGAGGCUUAUCGCCAUAUGGCCGACAUCAAAUAUCAAAUGGAAGAAAAUGUAAAGCAAAACUUCAUUGAUCCGUUAACCCAUCUGCAGAAUAACGAGUUGAAGGACGUUAAUCAUCAUCGUAAUAAACUCAAAGGGGCGUCGCCUGGACUAUGA